AUGAAUAGUUCAGAGGAGUCUGUGUUAUUGCUAGUGAGCUUUAUUAUUCUGACUCUUAUCGUCACACUUGCGGCUUAUUUGUGUUCUACGGAUAUUCCACGCACUGCUCCUUCUGUUCCUGCUGCUGUGACACACUCCAACCACACCACAAUCACCGUGGAGGCACCUGAGCCAUGCAUAGAUCAGAGUGUCUGCAACUUUCCGAGUCUCCAAUUUUCCAAAGCCAAAUUGUGUGGUAGCACUAGUAGUAGCUCUUCAAGCUGUUCCAUAUGCUUGAUGGAUUACAAAGACCGUGAUUCACUCAGAGUGCUGCCUGCCUGUGGUCACUUCUUCCAUGUCAAGUGUGUUGAUCCUUGGUUGAGAAUCAACAUGACAUGUCCAGUUUGUAGGACCACAAUAGCCCUAUCAGAUAAAUGUCAAUGCCUGUCCAUAGUGUUGGUUAUCUCAGGCAAGCUUGCAAUGGAAAAUAAUCAUGAGAUAGAGUCAUGUUUGUUAAGGUACAUAUCUGAGACAAAGAAGCUAGCUAUGCUUCCAAUGAAGGAAUCCAAACUCAAGAUAUUAAAAAGCAAGCAAGAAAAUUAA